CAAAAUGGAAGUGAAAAAGAGAAACGGGAUAAGUUGUUUCUCCAACAUCAUAUAUAAAAUACUCGUUCUUUACAUCUUAACAUUGUGUCUCAGUAACACAAACGGAUACGUAAAUGUUUUAAAUCACAGAAAAAACGAUAUUUUGACUGAUCAGCCACAGCAUUAUAAUGAUCACAGAGAAACUCCAAACCGACUUCACUUUGUUGGUUUUGACAUGAACAACAAAAAGAGACAAGUUGCUGAGGAAAAUAUGACAUUUGAACAAAAGAUGGUAGAUAGAAUAAAAUAUGUUAAUUUUCGAGAUGCAGCUCCUUAUAACUUUAACCCUGGUGAUCCAGCUUUGUCAUUUUCUAUCUACACAACAACUGCUUUGGAUAUUGGACUCUCUGGGAGCAAUCUAGUUUAUCCCGGACCAAUGAUCAAUCGUACGACACCCAUUCUAUUUAAUUUCAAAGAUAGCAGAUCUGGUUUUCUGGAGGUACUUUGGGGAACAGAUGCUAUAACAUACUUACUCGAAAAUGGACCAAGCAAUACCCAUUACUUCUUUAUCUUUAACGACUACAGCCCUUUUGAAUCUUUGGAAUCUGCGAUUCUUAAUGCCAAAUCUAAACUACAUGGAGUAGGAAAGAAUCUAGUAUUGAAUAAUAGGAUUGAUAAAGAUGUCCUCUUUCAAAUUUAUGGCCGUAUUCAUUUUGUUACACUAAACACAUAUCAAUUGGGUAAUUGGAUUCCUGCAUUGGUGAAGUUAUGGGCCUGUCAAGACCAUAACUGUGGAUAUUAUCAACUGAAGAUAACAUCAGAAGAUGAAAAAGUUACUGGUCCAGAAAAUAUUGUAAAAAGGAUAGAUGGGAGAUACGAUUGGUUGCCCAGCCCACUAUCGAAGGUUAAAAGUGACUCCAUCCCAGGAGUUUAUGUUGGAUUUGGCUGUAACAAAACAGAUAAGGUGAAGAAUAUGAUUGCCAUAGUUGAUAAGGCCUGGGGAGAUUGUACUCAAUUCAACAUAAUGGAAACAAUGCAGGCAUCAGGUGCAGUUGCGGUCAUUGUGAUGCAAGGGAAAAAUGAGGGUUUGGAGGAAUUAGAUUGUUAUGGCAACAAAUGUGGCUCAAUUGGAAUUCCUGGAACUAUCAUUCCUUAUGUUUCAUUUUUAACAAUCGGUCAAAAAGUAAAUGUAACGUACCAGACUACCCCCUCUGACAAUUUCUUCUUUGGUAUUGAUGGAGAGGGCAACCUGGCAGAGGUGGGCUGGUUCCUGUAUCCAUCUUUCUCCUUCCUUGUCUACCAAGCUCAGUGGUUUAAUUAUGUGACAGAAUUGAAGAAGAACUUAUCAGAGAAGGCAUUGGUGAUCAAUGUAUGUAAUCAUACAAUGAUGCAAGGAAAAGGAGUUUCUAUUAAGCUAGAUCUACCACCAGCUAAAGAACUUCAACAAUAUUCCAAGUUUGAGCUAGAUUUGGCAUUAUCCUGCCCUGGUCAUUUGGAUACAGACUGUCCUCAUUGGGAUCACACUGUCAAUCUGUAUGCAUGUUGCCUACCAGGUUGUGUUGUGGGGGAUGGAGUUGAGCUGGGCAGGUGGAUCACUCCAUUCAGAAGGAGAAUAGGUCGCUGGUUGACCGAUAUAUCACCCCUGCUGCCAUUGAUUGCUGGAAAUACAUGUGUGUUCACCCUAAAGACUGCCCCAUGGGCAAUGACCUGGGUGCCCUCACUCAACCUUAGAUUCACGGGAAAGACAGCAAAGGGAGACCUAUAUGCCGACAGUAUAUUUAACCUCUAUGGGCCUACAAGCUACACAUUUGACAAGAACUACAAUAAAGACUUUCCUAUACGUACCUUUGAAGUCCCUCCUGAUACUAAAAAGACUGUACUGGUAUCAGUGAUUACAGGGCAUGGCAGUGAUAACAAUGGAUGUGGGGAGUUCUGUAUCUCAUCUCACCAUUUUGUUGUCAACUUUCAGCACACUUACAACAGAUCAUUUGAUAAUGCAGGUGAUCAACUGGGCUGUGCCAAAGAAGUCCCUCGCGGGGUUGAGCCAAAUGAGCAUGGAACGUGGCUGUAUGGACGUGGCGGCUGGUGUGAUGGCCAGGAGGUCUCACCAUGGAAUGUAGACAUAUCCAAACACGUCAACAAUUUUACACCUAACAAUAUCACAUACUAUGGCUGGUUUAAUGGGACUGAUCCUAACCCUACACAGAAUCCGGGUGUUAUGAUUUACCAAGCAUAUGUGGUGUUUUACAAAAUGCUCUGAUGUUGACCACAAAUUUCUGUACACCAUGCAGUUAGCCCAUAUACCUAAUAAUGUGAUCCUGACAUUUCAACUUAGCAAACUGAUAUUUGCUCAUAUGCAAUUGGAAACUAACUAGUACUCAAUAUUAAGUUAUUCUAUUGGCUCAUAGUAGAGAAGAGUCCGUGAUAGGAAAACUCACAAUGACAAACUGUAAGAUUUAAGACUCUUCAGUGCACUUUACCUCAAAUACAUUGUCAGUAUACAGUAAAACUUGCUUUAGUGAACACCUCUCUCUAAUG